AUCUGGCUGUGGUUGUUAUACUUAAGUGUGACGUGUGCUGUCGGCGUUUUGCCAGUAGAGUAAACGGGAAUCUGGACGUUCAUUUGAAAGCUCAUAGUUAAUCAUUCGGUUGUGAGUUAUUGAGGCCAAAGAAAAUCACGCUGGAACCGAGUUCACUAUAUGUUGUGAGUACUACAUUCGAGACGAACAUGGACCACACUGACCAUGACCACAGCAAAAUGGCUGGCAGCAUGGCUCCUCCCAUGGUCACAGGCUCCCACGAGGAUCAUCUAGGGGGAGGUGGAGGGGGCCAUAUGAUGAAAAUGACCUUCUACUUUGGCUACACAAACGUGGAGCUGCUGUUUGCCAGCCUUGUCAUCAACACACCUGGAGAGAUGGUGGCGGCCUGCUUUGGUUGUUUCCUGCUGGCUGUGCUCUACGAGGGGCUGAAGAUUGGCAGGGAGUUCCUGCUGAGGAGGAACCAGGUCAACGUGCGUUACAACUCCAUGCCUGUCCCCGGGGCAGACGGCACCAUGGUCAUGGAGACCCACAAGACUGUAGGCCAGCGGAUGCUGAGUAUGGCACACUUGCUGCAGACGGUGUUACACGUCAUCCAGGUGGUGGUCAGCUAUUUCCUCAUGUUGGUCUUCAUGACCUACAAUGCUUAUCUGUGUAUCGCCGUUGCAGCCGGGGCAGGUGUCGGAUACUUCUUAUUCAGCUGGAAAAAGGCUGUGGUUGUUGAUAUCACCGAACACUGUCACUAAUAGCCCCCCUGGUCUCUCUUCAUCCUCCUCCCACACACACACAUGCAUACAUUCACACAUAGGUAUUCUCCAUUUAAUCCCCAUCCUCAUCAUCAUGCAUCCAGUUUUAUAUACAUUUAUCUUAUUUGAACGGUUCACUUUGUCACACAAAAGUUGCUUGAUGGAAAAUGUGAAUUAUGACUGAGCUUUUACAUUUGUGACAUUCAAGUCUGUCCUUUUAGUAGGUCCAGAAGACUAUCCUCGCCAACUAGCAUGUUGGUAUUCCAAAUGCUGGCUUCUGUUAUACCAAUACCACUCCUGUCUGGCUCCACAGCUCUGUCAAGGGCCAAACAUCCACUUCCCCCAGUCGUGCCAUUCUUCCAUUCCAUUCUGUUUUUGUUAUUGCGCAACAACCAGUGCAGGUUCAUCCUUGUAGCACUGAGGCUCUUCUGCUCACAGGGCUAUUUAAGACCCUUACAACAACCUCUCUCAUUGAAGAUCAUUGUGAAUAGGGCCCACAGUUUUUCCUGACCCCACCUGGGCUCUAGUUAAAGCCAAUGUGUUCUUCUGAAGCCUAGUCAUAUCUGCAUUCCAUCUGGCAAUCUGGCGGGGGGGGCCUAACAAUAAUCAGUGUCAAAGGUCAUACUUGGGAUUGUGUGGAGAUGGUAGGGCAGCUUUGGCUGUAUGACUGAGCCUUACUAAACCCUUUGCCUUAAAGGAGGGAAACAUGACAGCCUAGGCCAACUGUAGUCUACUGACAAGUGGCAGUGCUAUUUUAAAGAAGUUUGUCCAGUGGACAAGCAGUGAAGUACAGUACAUUUACAUGUCGUGUGAUUAUAUACAUUAGUGUAAUGCAGCAGAGCGUGACAACCUUUGAACCCCUCUUCAUGAUACACACUGCUAUGCAGUGUUCAAUUUUGGUAGUUUAUGAAUGACAACCUCAUUAUUUACCAAUGACACUUGGCACUCGAAGGCUUGAUCUGACACACAAAUGUAAAUUGAUUCUUGUACAUCAAGAAGCCAAUGUAAAAUGUUCAUAAUAUAACUUGGGAGUAACUUUUGGUGCAUUCAUUCAAUAGGGUUAAAUUAGUUAGCAUGUCAACACAACAUGGAUACUAGUGUCCUUAUUGGAGCAAGUGCUCAGAUCCCAAGGACAAGCAGGGAACUAUGGGAAAGUACGAGGAUGGAUCUAGUGCUUUCUCAGACUGGCCUAGUAACACAUGAUUACUGCACCUCUUGUGACCUAUCGGUGCUUACGCCUCAGUUCACACUGACAGGAGGGGAUAUCUAUGAAGUAGAACCUAAAGAGAAAGUUGUAUAUUUAGUUUGUUUAUCUUGAUUUAUAAUUUUUUUCAUCUCUGAGAAAUGACUAGUAAAUGUUUAUCAGUUGCCUACGGCUGUGUUUUACACAGGCAGUCUGAUUCUGAUCUUUUACUGAUUUUAUUUGGUUAAAGUACCAAUUUGCGGAAAUGUCUGUCUCUGUAGACAGGCAGCCCAAUUCUGAUAUUUUUUUUGUUGCACUAAGUUAAUUGGUCUUGACCAAUCAUAUCUGGAAAAAUAUCGGUUGUAGAAAGAUCUGAUGUGAUUGGUCAAAAGACCAAUUUGUGGAAAAAAUAUCAGAAUUGAGCUGCUUGUCUAAACACAGCCUUCGUGCUGUGCCUGGUUUGGGGGUCAAAUUCCUAGUUGCUAUAACUGGAUUUAACUGCCACACAUUCUCAUUGCAUUACAAUCAAGCCAGGGACAUUAAUAGUUAGUGUAUACUUGAACAUAUUAUAACUUUCUGCUUUACCACAUGGGAUCAUGUAUAAAGAUGAUUUAUUAUUAUAGUCUACUGUACAAAUUGAGCGUUGAAGUUAAUGGGCCAAAACAGCAGUGGGAAUCUGACUGCCACUCCAGCGCAGCAACAGUGUGAACAUUACCUGGACUGUUAAGUCCACAGACAUGUUUGUAUAGUAUGAUGUAUUUACAGUGCUGUAAUCAUCUAGAGAAAACAAGUAAUAAAUGGUAUCAUUCAAGAA